GUACAAAAAUAUUCAUAGCUGCACUCUUUGUGGUGGCAAAAAACUGGAAAAUGAGGGGAUGCCCAUCAAUUGGGGAAUGGCUGAACAAACUGUGGUAUAUGUUGGUGAUGGAAUACUAUUGUGCUAAAAGGAAUAAUAAAGUGGAGGAAUUCCAUGGAGACUGGAACAACCUCCAGGAAGUGAUGCAGAGUGAGAGGAGCAGAACCAGGAGAACAUUGUACACAGAGACUGAUAUACUGUGGUACAAUCAAAUGUAAUGGACUUCUCUACUAGCAGCAAUGCAAUGAUCCAGGACAAUUGUGAGGGACUUAUGAAAAAGAACACUAUCCACAUCCAGAGAAAGAACUGUGGGAGUAGAAACACAGAAGGAAAACAACUGCUUGAUCAUAUAGUUCGAUGAGUAUAUGAUUGGGAAUGUAGACGCUAAAUGAUCACUCUAGUGCAAAUAUUAAUAAUAUGGAAAUAGGUCUUGAUCAAUGACACAUGUAAAACCCUUGUUGGCUACAGGAGGGGGGUGUGAGGAGGGGAGGGAAAGAACAUAAAUUAUGUAACCAUGGGAAAAUAUUCUAUAUUAAAUAAUUAAAUAAUUUUUUUAAAAAACCCUCUCCUCCCACCCUUUCAACAAAAAAAAAACAUCUUUAAGUAGAAUGAUACAACAUAACAGGAUGCCAUUCUAUAGCUACUGCCCACCACUUGUCUCCCCCAAAAGAAGGAAAUACCUAUUUUGCUUUUCAUUUCCCAGAGAGCCAUCCCUUAUAAUAAAGAGAGCAAGUGGGAAAAAAAAAAAAAGACUAGUUUGAUGGAUUGGAAUGGGGAGAGAUUUGAGGUGGGGGACUAACCAGUAGACUAUAGCAAAAACUGGGCACCAAGGUAGUGGUAAUUUCAGAAGAGAAAAAGAAGCAUAUCUGAGAGAUGUUACAAAGGUAGAAAUGACAAAACUUGGUCAUUGAUAGAAUAUAGAGUGGAGGGUGAAAGAGAGUAAUGAGUCAAGGCUAACACAUAGGUUGCAAGCUUGAGUGACUGGGAAGAUGGUAGUACCCUUGACAAUAAUAGAGAACUGAAAGAAUGGUGGGUUUGAAGGGGAAAAUAAUGAGAUAAUUAAUGCAGAGCAUUUUCUGUCUUUACUAUUCCUCUUUUCAUUACUCACUAUGUCACCCUCUCCAGAGUCAUGUUUUAAGAGUUUGAUCUUCGGCAGCCAGAGUUGGAUUUUGAUCAUUUUACAAAUGAAAUCUGUCCUUCCUCUCCCCAUCUUUUUCCCCCAGGUGGGACCUCUCAGUUUGCUGGUGUUAGGUAUCAUGGUUAUACACUGUAUGGGCAUCCUGGUGAAGUGUGCUCACCACUUCUGCCACAGAUGCCUAUUUCCUGCCUGUCCCACAAUGAGAUUGUUGUUGUCGUUUCACUCAUGUCCAAAUCUUUGUGGCCCCAUUUGGGAUUUUCUUGGAUGCAACGGUCCUUUGUGGACUAUGGAGACUCUGUGAUGUAUGGAAUGGAAGCCAGUCCCUUCUUCUGGCUUCAGAGGCAUUCUACGUGGGCAAGAUUACAUGGCAAGAUAAUCAAGCUGCUCCUUGGACUUAUGCUUCAUAAUCAGAACAGAGCUAUUGAUCUGGGAUAUUCUUCAAAGCUCUCUUCCUGCAUUGUAGGACUUGCCGAUAACCAACAUGGAACUUGUGAGCGUGAUGUACCCAUGAGCUUGGGGCAUCUCGUGAGGUCCUUGCUAAUCAUUACUCAGCUGGGUUUCUGCAGUGUGUAUUUUUUGUUUCUGGCUGACCACUUUAAGCAGAUGGCAGAAACCUCUUCCAUCAGUCACUCCUGCAAGAAAAAUGAGACAACAAUGAUGGAAAUUCCACCUUCUCUUAAUUUGCACCUCUACAUGCUUACCUUUCUACCCUUUGUGAUCCUUCUGGUCUUUUUCCAUAACAUACUAAUGCUGGCCAUCUUCUCCACUGUGGGUGAUAUUGCCAUCCUGGCAGCGGUGACCUUGAUCUUCAGCUACAUUAUUCAGGACCUACCAAAUCCUAAGAACCUGCCUUGGUCAGCAAAUUGGCAGUCAUACACCUUGUUCUUUGGGUCAGCCAUAUUUUCACUUGAAGGCAUUGGCGUGAUUCUCCCUAUUGAAAACCAAAUGAAGUUUCCUGGUCAUUAUACUGUGGUCCUGUACAUGGGGAUGCCCAUCAUCAUCGUUCUUUAUAUCACCCUGGGGACCUUGGGCUACUUGAAAUUUGGAGAAAACGUUCAGGCCAACAUUAUCCUCAAUCUGCCCAAUUGUUGGUUAUAUCAAUCUAUCAAGCUACUCUACUCCGUUGGAAUUUUUUUCACCUAUGCCCUGCAGUUCUAUGUCCCUACAAAGAUCAUCAUCCCUAUUGUCAUCUCCUGCGUACCAGAACAAUGGGAAUUAUUGGUUGACUUGUCUGUUCGUGCACUCAUGGUCUGUAUUACAUAUAUAGUUGCUAUGCUGAUCCCCCAUAUGGAGUUGGUCAUUGCACUGUUGGGUUCUGCAAGUUGUACUGCCCUGGCUCUGAUCAUCCCACCACUCCUGGAGAUCUGUACCUAUUACUUGGAUGGCAUAAGCUCUUUCACCAUUAUUAAGGAUUUAUUGAUCAGUUCUGUGGGAAUUCUUGGGUGUAUAAUGGGAACCUACCAAUCCUUCUAUGAACUAAUUCACCUGAGCUUUUUCAGUUCUCCAGAAGAUUCCACCAGAGCCUUUGAGUAAUUAUCUACUUUUAAUUGAACUUGUUUCUUCUUACCCCACAUUCCUAUACUGUGUUUUUAAACUGUUAUUAUACACACCUCACUCUUGGA